AUGGCAGACGACUGCUCCUCAGAUUUGCGGAGAGAUGUAUCUGUUUGGUGCAGUAAUGAUUAUUUAGGCAUGAGUCGCCAUCCAAAGGUUAUUCAGGCCGUUGAAGACACGCUAAGAAAGAAUGGUGUUGGUGCUGGAGGGACACGGAAUAUUUCAGGGACCAGUGAGUUUCAUGUGGAACUGGAGCAGGAGCUGGCAGAUCUUCACCACAAAGAGGCCGCACUGCUCUUCACUUCUUGCUUUGUGGCCAACGACUCCACCUUGUACACCCUGGCAAAAACACUUCCAGGUUGUGAAAUCUACUCUGAUGCUGGCAACCACGCCUCAAUGAUCCAGGGCAUUAGAAACAGCGGCGUCAAGAAGUUUGUUUUUCGCCACAACGACGUCAGCCACCUACAAGAGCUCUUGAGGACGUCUGACCCCAACACUCCAAAAAUUGUUGCCUUCGAGACCGUUCAUUCAAUGGAUGGAGCGGUGUGCCCUCUAGAGGCGAUGUGUGAUAUUGCACAUCUUUAUGGGGCCCUGACGUUUGCAGAUGAGGUGCACGCUGUGGGUUUGUAUGGGCCCCGGGGAGGAGGUAUUGGGGACAGGGACAGAGUCAUGCACAAAAUGGACAUCAUCUCUGGCACGCUCGGCAAGGCUUUUGGCUGUGUGGGCGGCUACAUCGCAGGCACCGCUGCUCUGGUCGACACCGUGCGAUCCUACGCUGCAGGUUUCAUCUUUACCACGUCACUGCCGCCCAUGUUACUGGCCGGAGCCAAGGAGUCGGUGAGAAUUUUGAAAACGGAAGAAGGCCAGGAGCUGCGGAGGAGGCAUCAGAGGAGCGUCACCCUGCUGCGGCAACUGUUAAUGGACGCUGGGCUUCCUGUGGUUCACUGCCCGAGUCACAUCAUCCCAGUCAGAGUGGCGGACGCAAAGAAGAACACGGAACUCUGUGACGUCAUGAUGUCUCGGUACAACGUAUAUGUUCAAGCCAUCAACUAUCCGACUGUGGCGAGAGGAGAGGAGCUGCUGCGCAUCGCCCCCACGCCGCAUCACACUCCACAGAUGAUGUACGACUUUGUGGAUUGCCUGGUGAAGACGUGGAAAGCCGUGGGCCUGACCUUUGCGCCUCACUCUUCAGCUGAGUGCACGUUCUGCCAGCGGCCUCUUCCUUUUGACCUCAUGAGCGAGCGGGAAAAGUCCUUCUUCACGGGCCUCAGCCAAAGGGUACCUGCAGUGGCAUAA